UCUCUUUUAUGCUUUUAUCUAUAUAAAUGAAAGUCAAAUACAGUGCUAAAAUUAAAAUACAACACAGCUUUCUCCUUUUUUGGGAACAAAGAGAAAUCUGACAGUGCUGUCCACUGCACACACACUGGAAAAAAAAAGUCCACACUGCUGAACUGGUGAUGCCUGGUUAGCUGGCAGUGAGAUGAGAGGGCUUGAUAAAGGCAUAAAAUUCAACUGUGCCAGCCAAUCAAGCUGCAGCACAGGCGACUUUCACAGCUGUGUGUGCAACCAGGAAAUACCAAAGUGAGACUAAUGAUGAUCGUGUUGUAGAUGAUAAUCUAAACUGGCGGGGCAGGAGUAUCUUGAGUUUAGUUUAGUUUAAUUUAGUUAAUACAAAUUGGUUGAAUACAGUAGACCUGCGGAGAAAGUAUACAAACUUUGUCCAUUCCCUCCAUGUGACAACACUAUGGUUCAGAUUUGGUUAGGCUUAGGCAUUUGGGACAGGGUUAGGGAAAGGUCAUAGUUUGGGUUUAAUCUACUAUCUACUAAUGACUGAUGGUGCAGACAGUCUCUUUAUCGCCUCUGGCCUGAGGUGGACAUUUUUAAAGAUGGGUCAGUGUGAAAAACAUAAGCAUCUUUUGCGUCCAAUCCCAAAGAGUUGUAUAGUAAUUGAUACUUGAAGAACCAAUUUGGGCUCAAAGUGUUACACUUUUUCUAAUGUAAUGAAAUAUAAAGCUUCAACAGUAUUGCUAGUCUUCAGGAGACAAGAAAUAUGUGGAUGGAUGGACCUAGUUCCACUCAUACACUCUGAUCUAGUAAGUCCAUGAGAGCUCAGGACUGAGCCCCUGGGAAUUCUGUGAGUGUUUGAGGGAUCUCUGGUUGUUUCUGAGCACUUUGCACACACUUUCAUGAGCUCUUGAUAACUUGAUAUGUGUGCGUAUGUUCAUGUAUACGCGCAUUUUUCUUUUCAAUUGCACACAUGCUGCUAACCAGCAUUAUGCAGCCUAUUUGUUUAAUGUCGGUAUGAUGGUGACACUCAUAUAUGCUAAUUUGGCCCAUAAGCAUGUCUGAAUGUUUAAAACAACUCCUGGACAAACCUUGGUCAUGGUGUUUCCUUGGCAUUCUGACUGGUUUAGCGUUCUUUGUAGUUUGUCAAUCAUAUCACACCUCAUAAUAGCCUUUCUGCAUUGUUUGAGUGCUGGGAGCAUUUUCUUAAGCAUCCUAGACCACUAUAAAGAGCUUAAUGAGCCAUUAGAGACUCUCUGAACAAAGCAGAGAGAACCUGCCAUGGGAUCCAGGUGAUUGAAGUGAUUCAAGUGCUUCAGUGACUAAUCCUGAAGAAUUGGCCCUCUUUUGGUCUCAAGGGUGAAAGAAUUAAAACCUUAGCCCACACACACUUGAGCUGUUUGAUUUCCUCAUUUUACAGAAAGCUGUGGAUGUGCAGGAAGAGAUGUGAGGAUUUCAUCCUCACACACAAACACAUCUGUACACAGGGAAAGCAAUGCAAAGCAGACAGGUGUUUUAUAGUCAGGAACCAUGCUGUCAGAGUCAUAAUGAGUGCACUGACACAAAUAAUGCUUGUAAGUAUGGAUUCCGCAUGUGUGAUUUCACUGUAUGGAAAAAUUCAGCUGACAUGAAGAAAGAGUUCAAAGCCAGAGCGUUCAGAACAUGUCAGGUCUUGUUAAAUCAGAAUCAGAAUCAGAAUCAGAAUUCCUUUAUUUAUCCCUGAAGGGAAAUUCUUAUGAGCACGGCUUUGUUUUGAGUUGGAAGCUGUCUUGUUGCUGUGUUCAGGUCUCUGUGUCAUACCCAGGGGGUUGCAGUUGUCAUUGUUGAACACUAGGAGUGUGCUUUGACCGUGUGUUAUUUUGAACACUUGGGCUUGUUUAUCCCCAUGAGACAAUUAGUGUACUUGAAUCAUCUGUGAGAAAUUUCUCACUGCAUUAAAUUUCAGAUGACUCAACCUUGAACGUAUCAUCUUUCACCUCUGCGUCAGCGCUCACAAGGCUGCGAAAUGGUAGCAUCUUCUGUUAUGAGUGUGAAACGGGCUAAGUAUGCUUCCCCAUUCUAAACAUUGACAUAUAAGAUUGGUUUCAUAGGCAUGAUUAAAGCCUAAAGGCCUUUGCUGAAGUCUAACAUACAGUUGAGCUGUUAUGUCAGUGCAGAGUUGAGGUUUUAGUCUUGUAAGAACAGGAGAACUUGCACCCAAAGCACUGACGAUAAAUUUGAGUUUCAGUUAACAAAAACAUAACAGUAGAAGCCAGCACAUAAUGCAGGUAGGGCUUGAAUUUUUGAUUUCUAGAGUUGUUCAGUAAGCUACCGGCCCAGUUAUAGCUGAAGGGCUAUAUUUAGCAAGUGCAUGGAUCAUGGAGAUUAUCUCAGUCCUGAAAAUGACUCAUGUUUGACACAGAAAAGCUGCUGUUGGUAUCCAUUUAAUCAUAUGGUCACACAGGCCCAUGGCUUCCUGCCGCAGAUAUGUCCACAGUGGGUGAAAAAGGCUUUGCUGCCAGAGUAUGUGUGUCGAGAGCGCCACUGCUGCUAUCAGGGCUUUCACACUCUCUUCCUGUAGAGAGGGCCUGCCUAGCCCACAGCAUCCUGCUAAACACUUAACAGAGGAAUGUCAGUUAGAAGCAACCUGUGUGGCAUUUUGCUUACAGUUUUAUACUAAAGCCCACCACCAACUUAUAUAUGAAACCGCUGGCAUCAAGUUCUGUGGACCAUCGUGAGAAACUGGGUCAUGAUUUCUGGAAAGAGACAUCUCUGCUGACUUUUUUAAGAUGUAUUUUUUCGUGUUUAUGCCAUGUAGAGCCGUUGUAAUUAAGUGAAGGCAAACAUCUCUGCAGGUGCUAUCUUGAAAACAACAACAACGAAACCCCUCACAUCAAAACAAUCUAGAUGCUUAAAUAGCACUACAGGUAAGAGAAAUAUGUAUUUCGGAUUGUGAGAUGAACUGCCCCUUUAAGCUGGACUUGUGAUUCUGAUGGCUGGACUGAGUCUGGGUCAGUCUCCAUCUUUUCCUAAUGUGAACAUAAUUAUGUCAGAGCUCCAGUGUCUGUUUACAUCCCUCCUCUUCAUGUUUUCACUGUAAUCAUCAUCAGUAUCCUACUUUGGCAGGGCUGCUUUCUCCACAUGCUUUUAUGCAUUGGAACACCUCUUGGUAGUGAAUGGCAGACACAAAUAAUGUGUACACCCAUUCAAAGAUGAUACCUUUGUUAUUUUGUCAUUUUUUUUCAGAAUGAAACAGGUGCUUUAAUGAACAUAAUGUACAACGGGGGUGUAAACAUCUCCCUCCUUUCUCCAUCCCUUUCUUUCUUAGUACCAAGAGGCUCUGACACCAACCAAACCACAGCACUGAGGCAGCAGAUCAUACAACUGACUUUCCCUUUGCAUGUGGUGUACAAGAUUCCAAAACCAUUGUGCAUAAAUCUCCGAACAGUCAAACAUUUCACAAAUACAACAACACAGCGUCUCUGUCCAACGGCUCCUUUCCCCUGAGCGAGAAUUCCUACCCAUACAGUCAUUGAAGGUAUUUGUUGUUGCAGAUCUGCUGUGCCAUCUCCAAGUCAUGAACAGUGCUUGUUAUAAAGAGGCAGAGAUGACAUCCCAAAACUUCUUCACCUCAGUCUUAUUACACGACUUGACCCAAGGAUAACCAUCAAUCCACUUAGCAGCACUUGUGGACCGACAGACUCCCAAAUACAGAGCCCCGUCCCUGGCUUCAGGCAGUAUGGGAGACGGGAGCUGGGUUUGCCUGAGCCCAGCUGAGUUUACCCAGCUGCAACAAUACAGCGAGUACUCCUCAAAGAAGCUGAAGGAUGUGCUGGAGGAGUUUCAUGGUGAAGGAGUCCUUUCUAAGUACAACCCUGAGCAGCCCAUUGAUUAUGAGGGCUUCCGGCUCUUCAUGGUCACUUACCUGGAGAAUGACAUCCCAGAGGAGCUGUGUCAGCAUCUCUUCACCUCCUUCAAGAGCAAGACAGGAGGCUGCUCUCCUGAUCAGCCUCGUGCAGGAUCAAGCUUACUGGAAGCCCGCUCCAUUGAUGCAGGCAUCUCUAUUCAGACCGAAGUGGCCUGUGCCCCAAUUACAGGGAUGAACGGCAAAAGCAUCCUGUCUGCAAUGGGCCGACACACACCGGAACACUCCAGUGUGAUGAGCACAGCAGGCUCAGGAGCCACCACCUCGCCUUGUUCAUCUCGCUCCUCCUCACAGCGCUCAGGGACAGGGGCCCAUACUCCUGGGGGGCCCCACCGCUCACCCUGCAUCCAGGUCAAAACCUCAGAGGGCAGCAGUAAUGCCCUGAACCCCAACGCUGGUCCUGCCAAGUCGCCAGCAUCCCCCAGACUUUCACCAGAGAGGAGCCACUCGGAGAAGCAUUUAUCACUGCGGAGGAGCCCAUCGCCCCAGAAAAGCUCCCCCUUGCCAUCGCCCCAGGUGGUCUUUCUCAAGGAUAUUGUCUGCUACCUUUCGCUGCUGGAGAGGGGGAUGCCGGAGGACAAGCUGGAGUUCAUGUUCCGGCUGUAUGACACAGACGGCAACGGGGUUCUGGACAGUUCGGAGCUGGAUCGAAUUAUCAAUCAGAUGGUGCAUGUAGCAGAGUAUCUGGAGUGGGAUUCAACAGAACUGCGACCGAUACUGAAGGAGAUGAUGGAAGAGAUCGACUAUGACAGAGAUGGGACAGUCACACUGGAGGAGUGGAUCCGAGGAGGCCUCACCACUAUCCCUUUACUGGUCCUGCUGGGCAUGGAUACGAAUGUACAGGAAGACGGGCAACACGUCUGGCGUCUGAAGCACUUCAACAAACCAGCCUACUGUAACUACUGCCAUACCAUGUUGCUCGGCGUUCGCAAGCAGGGCCUCUGCUGCUCCAUAUGCAAGUACACAGUACAUGAACGGUGUGUGUCUAAAGACAUCGCUGCCUGCAUCAGCACCUACGCCAAGUCACGUAGACACACCAAUGCUAUGCAGCAUGUAUGGAUGGAGGGCAACUCUCCUACCAAGUGCGACCGCUGUCACCGAAGUAUCAAGUGUUACCAGGGCUUAACGGGCUUGCACUGCGUCUGGUGUCAGAUCACUCUCCAUAAUAAGUGUGCAUCUAAUGUGAAGCCAGAGUGUGAUGGGGGAGCCUUGAGGGACCACACUCUGUUGCCCUCGUAUAUCUGCCCUGUUGUCUUGGAUCGUCAUUCUGUGGUGAAGCGUGGUGAGGGGGAGUCUCCACCCAGCACCAGCCCUGAUGACACCAACCAGACUUUCAAAUUCUCCCCUGGAGAUGGACAAGCACUGCAGAUCACCCCUCUCCCUGGUACUCACCCACUCCUGGUCAUGGUCAAUCCCAAAAGUGGAGGGAGACAGGGGGAGCGAGUACUGAGGAAGUUUAGGUACCUACUGAACCCCAGACAGGUGUACAGUUUGGAGCGAGGGGGACCAAUGGUUGGGCUCAACUUUUUCCAUGACGUUCCUGAUUUCCGGGUGCUUGCUUGUGGAGGUGAUGGCACUGUGGGCUGGAUCCUCGACUGUAUAGAUAAAGCCAACUUUGCCAGGCACCCCCCAGUGGCCAUCCUCCCUCUGGGCACAGGCAACGACCUGGCACGCUGCUUACGCUGGGGAGGAGGUUACGAGGGUGGCAGCUUACUGAAGGUCCUUCGGGACAUCGAACACAGCACAGAGGUGGUGCUGGACCGCUGGAAUAUAGACAUCGUCCCAGAUGACAAGGAGGAGAAGGGCGACCCAGUACCCUACAGCAUCGUCAACAACUACUUUUCUAUUGGAGUGGAUGCUUCCAUUGCCCAUCGCUUUCAUCUGAUGAGAGAAAAGCAUCCUGAGAAGUUCAACAGCAGAGUGAAGAACAAGCUCUGGUACUUUGAGUUUGGCACCACUGAGACCAUAUCUGCCACCUGCAAGAAACUCAACGAAUGCAUAGAAGUCGAGUGUGAUGGGAUCAUCUUGGACCUCAGCAACACAUCGUUGGAAGGCAUUGCUGUGCUCAACAUUCCCAGCAUGCACGGUGGCUCCAACUUGUGGGGUGAGUCGAAGAAGAGGAGAAACUACAACCGCAUGAGCAAGAAGGUUCCUGACAGGAUGCCCGCUAGCACCAUCACAGAUGCUAAAGAGCUCAAAUUUUGCAUGCAAGACUUCAGUGACCAGCUGUUGGAGGUGGUUGGCCUCGAAGGGGCAAUAGAGAUGGGACAGAUCUACACCGGACUGAAGAGUGCAGGACGCAGACUGGCUCAGUGUGCCAACGUCACCAUCAGGACGUCCCGACGGCUGCCCAUGCAGAUCGAUGGUGAGCCCUGGAUGCAACCCCCAUGCACGGUGAGAGCUGAAUCAGGAUCACUGUCAUCUCAUCAAAAAUCUCGCCAAAAAUCCAAACCCAUCACAAAAGUUGGGCAGAAAAGCAAAAUUCUGUAUCCAAUGUUUCAGGUCGGACAUUAAAUCAUUAAAUCUCUUAUAGCCAUUGAGUGGCCUCUGUGUUCAGACCAGAAAAAAAUAAAUAAAACACAAGCAUGAGGAAGACCAGUUUGACUAAUAAAUGUAUGACUUUCAAAACAUACAAAACACUAAAACACUGCACAUAUGGUUUAUAAAACCACAGAGAAGUAUUUUAUAACUAUAUCACAGUGCAGUCAGUUUAUUCUUAAUUGCAAUGAUCACCAGCUAAACAGGGAAAAUUCAAAUUCUAAAGUCAUCUUCCAUAGAUGUGCACUUGCAUGUCUUAAUGCCAGACUCUGAAAAAAGUAACAGUGGGCUGCCAGUAUAUGGGCUCACCUGCGAGGUUGGAGUUAGGGCUCUGGUGCCAAACGGUGACAAAUGGCAGGUACAAAAGCUGCCUCUGGGCACUGUAAUGGAACUGUUCCGCUACGGAUGAAGCUGGAGCUAGUGUGGCAGGUGAGCUGAUGUGAGAGUCAGCAGAUGAUAAAGUCAGCUGUAUGUCGUUAGUCAGCUUUUGUCCUGUCUUGUCUCAUUUCCCUGCUUUUGUUUAUCCAUCCCCCUUACGCACCACUAGUCUCAACCUCCAACACUGUAAUUCCAUCAAAUAUCGCAGAGCAUCAUAGAAAAGGAGGAAAUCAACUACUAUCUAUUCAUCCUCAUAGCUUUUCAAACAUUUUUCAUGUUGCCAUAGUGGACCUUUAUGGAGGAUGAAGAUAAAAAGCUUUUUGUUGCAUUAUGUGAGUCGCAGUGGGUGAUUUUGUAAUAGUUGUAAGGGGGCAGCAUGUGUAGACUAUACACCUUGUAAAUUUGUCAGAAGCAAUAAUCAGAAAUGUGCAAAGCCAACACCUUCAUCACAUCUU